ACCCUGCCGUUCCGGGAUUACAGUGACGUCACGCUGAUACCCUUGCAUGGAUGAAUGCUAAAGAACUAUAGAGCCACAAAUAAUAGCACAAGCAGAGUCCAUAUCUUGCAAGUCUUACGUUAUCCUUUAAGCCUCCUUCAGCUAACACAACAACAAUUUUUUUUUUGCGCUUAAUGACGCUUAAUUUCAUUUCUUAUCGGGUCCUUGGGGGGGAUUAUUCAUUCAUAUAAAACAAUCUUCAGCUGGUGCCAGCCUGAAGUCUCCCUCCUAUGAGUGAAGUCAUCUAUUAUUGAGCGAAAGGCCGUGCGUGGAAAUGUGUGGAAGACGGUGGAUUUGAAGUAGAAUUGGUUGCAAUCGAUCAAGGGUGAAGAAUAUUGCUGAUGGUAACAAAAGAAGCAGCUAUGUCUUUCUCGCAAUUUGGAUAUCCUUACAAUGCAACUUCACAGUUUUUCGUGUCGGCAAACCCCAGUACGACUUGCUGCGAUUCGAUUUCCAGGUCUGUCUCUGACGGGACAGGCGGAUCCCAGACCGCCGCCGCCGCUGCCGCCGCCGCUGCUUCCUUCUGCUGCCCAUCCUACGAGAACCGGCUCCUGGCGAGCAGCCGAACGGAGCUGAACGCAGCGCUGGGCAUGUACAGCUCCCCUUACGCCGCAGCGGCUGCCGCCAGCCAGAACUACGCCAACUACUUCCCCUACAGCACCGAUCCAUCCGCUAUCUACUCCAGUCUGAAUCCCCAGUAUGACAUUAAGGACAGCACAGGCACUUUACACUCUGGCAUCACUCAGACCGCUGCAUACUAUCCUUAUGAUCAUUCCCUGGGCCAGUAUCAGUACGACAGGUAUGGGACAGUAGACUUUAAUGGCACAGCCAGAAGAAAGAACGCAACCCGUGAAACCACCAGCACCCUGAAAACAUGGUUGUAUGAGCACCGCAAGAACCCCUACCCUACUAAGGGAGAGAAGAUAAUGCUGGCAAUCAUCACCAAAAUGACCCUCACCCAAGUGUCCACCUGGUUCGCCAACGCCAGGAGGAGGCUAAAGAAGGAGAACAAGAUGACCUGGUCACCAAAGAAUAAGGCCGGUGAUGACAGGAAGGACGACCUUAACAAGAGCGACCAGGACUGUGUCACCAAAGAUUCUAGUGAUUGCAAGGAGGAAAAGGAGUUACAUCUGAGCGACCUGGAGGACAUCGAUGAUGACGAAUGUGACAAACUGGACAGUGACUGUGAAAAGGUGGCUGGAGAUGAGCAGGAUCUCCAGAGGGCCAUGUCGGUAUCCCAAGCCCCUCAAAAGAGAGACUGUGGCUCUGAAUUGCACCUGAGUUUAACUAACAGUUUCCACACGUUCCCCUGCGCCAUCAAAAAUGUGACCACCCUCCCUCCUCUUCCAUCUGACUUCCUGGAUCCUGUAGUAUCCAAGGCAACGUCCUCGUCUGGCCCAACAGGGACGGUAUCCCUGUCUCACUUUGAGUCUUCGGAUAAACCGCGGAUUUGGUCUCUGGCUCGUACGGCGGCAUCAGGGGUUAUACUGAGCCCUCAGCAGCAAGGCUCGGAGUUGAGGACGGGCAACUCAGCCUGCCAGCUCGAGAGCACCAGGCUUCCUGGAGCUCCUACUGGACAGUGUGCAGGGAUGAGAGGCCUUCACGAGUCUAGUGGUGUCACCAAUGCUGAGAACUCCUUCCCUGAGAGCUCAUCAUUGCACUCUAAAGUCUAUGGCACCGGUAGCUAUAGUCACAAGGGCAUCCAACUGCACUGUUCAUCCUAUGCUGCACUGCCAGACACAUAUCAAUACUCCACUAUUGAAGGGUUCUCUGGUGACAAAGCAGAGACACAGUCAUCUGACCUCAGUGAAGCCUGUGGGACCUUACAGGAUGACAAGGUCACUGCAUUCAGACCAGUGAUGAAGAGGUGAAGCAGAUUGUUUCAAAAUGUACCACAAAGAAUAAUGGGACAUUUAUUAUGCACUAAAGGACCCACUGACCGAGUAGCGACCUCAGAACGACACACUGGAGCUACCUGCUGCUGCUGCAGAGAGGGGACGGUCAAACUGUGGAUGUGGCUAUCAUUUUGCACAACAUUGUUUUUAUCGUGUUAAAGACUUUAUGCAAAAAUUCUAGAUGCAAAGGUAUGAGAAUGGCCAGUUAAAAUGGGCCGAAUUUGUGUAUGGCAAUCGUGUAGUGUAGCAAACCUAUUUAUUAUUUAUAUGUAUUUAUUAUUUGGGUAUUCGUCUCUGUGUUGAUUUAAUGUGUUUAUUGGUUGGAUUCGUACUUCCUUUAAAUAUUUUGUUACAUGUUGCGUUUUACUGUGGCUUCGUAUUUUUGCCUGAUGUAAAAGAGAAAUUCUUGUCAGACAUAAAGUUGUUAAAAAUGACUGGAUCCUCCGUGUUUACGCGCGGACCUGGAGAUCUUAGUCAUUGUGCUGAAUUGUGAACUUAUUCUGUGUUUGCCAUUAAUGACAUUUUUUCUAAAAAUACAUUGUUUUUUCCAGGA